GAGCAGGACAAGACCGAACUGAGCAAGCAAGAAAUGCUGGUCCAGUACCUGACAGACGCUCACUAUUUUGCCUUAAAGAUUGAGGAAGCCAUUGAUGUCAUCAGCAAGAUGAUGUAUGAAGCUGCAUCGUCUGUGGUACAGGAAGUCAUCGAGUUCUUUGUCACGGUGUCACAGUUCGGGGGUGCCUCAGGCUGUGAUUGGUGUACGCCGCAUGCUGCCACUUAUCUGGUCGAAGGAGCCUGGUGUUCGUGAUGCCGUGGUGGGUGCUUACCGCCAGCUCUACCUUUCUUCUGGCUCAGAAUCUGAAAGG